AUGGUCUUUCCUAUUUGUUUUCUGUUUGUUUUCAAUCUUCGUAUAAAGCCGGGACGCGUUGCAACGUUGAUUCCAGCCGCAUCCUCUGAGGCUCGUGUCUGGGGUUGUGUGUACGAAGUACUCGGUGAGCAGGAUGUUCAACUUGCGUUAAACCGAUUGAUCGAACGUGAAGUGGUCAAUGGAGGCUACAGAUUUGACCGAGUCCGAUUUUAUCCGGUCCAAAGUCCCACUAAUAAGGUCGGUUCAAGGGAUAAAGUAAAGAAUUGGAUUCCCCCGGAACAGACAAACACACCAAGUGUAUUGGAAGAGCCAUUUGAAGUACUCUUCCACCUGACGGAUACGGAAGUUGAUUUAUACCUUGGAGAGACCAGUAUGGAAGCUCAAGCAGAUCAAAUUGUGUCCGCCUACGGCAUCUCAGGAGCCAAUAGCGAAUACGUCCUACUCAUGGCAGCGUUUCUCCGAACCGAGGUACCUAAUUACAUCAUGACCGAAGGCUACGAUCCGUAUCUGUUCGAACUAGAGGCGCUUGUUAGACAACGUUUGGCACAACCGAUUCGAAUGGAUCUUCCCACAUUGAAGGUUUCCACUGAGUCCGAUUCGAAGGAAACCAUGCCACGGUAUGAUGGAGAAGUUCAUCAGCGUCGAAGAUUAUCAGCACGCGAAUUUGCUGAGAUUCAUUUUUUGAGCAAACCAAGUAGCCAAAUAAGCGGAAUGUAA